CUUUCCCAAAUGUCAGAGAAAAAAUAAACAAAGUUCUAAAUGUGGUGAUAAUAAAGAUUUAAUAGCACGCGGUUUUAACUACUCUUCUUUCACAUUUUAUUUAGAAAAGGUUUAAAAGAAAAAGAAAUUGUGAAAAAAGGGAGAAAAGAGAGCAAAAAGUGUGGGAAACCCGGAAGCGCACAAAAUAUCGUUCAGCCUACAUUCAGGGAUGAUUGUUACAUAAUAUCGACGAUUAAUUAGCAUAAUUAUUACGUGGACCGUGAUUGUCUGUUUUAUCAGAGCCCCCAUCGAGCUUCCCAGUAUCUUGUUGGACGGACUAGUGGCUUGCGAUAAGCUCACAGAUAAGGGGAAUUAGUGCAAUUGAAAAUUUAAUUUGAGGAAGUUCCCAGGAAAAAAAGAGCUAGAAAACAUGUCUAAAUCACUUGGAAGGAAGUUGUUUGAUAAUCUCAAGAGUAAGGAGUUUCGAGAGUAUCUCAUGAGCACACACUUUUGGGGUCCUGUUGCAAAUUGGGGGAUACCAUUGGCUGCUCUGGCUGACAUCCGGAAGGAUCCUAAAAUUAUUAGUGGCAAAAUGACGACUGCCCUGUGCUUGUACUCAACUAUCUUCAUGAGGUUCGCCUGGAUGGUACAACCAAGGAAUUUGCUCCUUUUUGCUUGCCACAUCACAAAUUUUACCGCACAAUCUGUUCAGGGAGGACGUUUUAUUCAUUAUCACUACCUCGGGGGGAAGAAGGACGUACCCCAGCUACUCCCUGCCACAGCUGAUACACCAAAGGCUGCUGCUGCUGCUGUUGCCCCACCUAAGGCUGCUCCUGCUGCUCCACAAAAGCAGUAGGAAUUAAAACAUAAACGUACAUGCGAACACUGUGGUGCUACACAAAUUUUCAGAAUUACGGGGUAAUAUAGAUGCGAUGUGUUCAGUAUCCCAAGGAUGGCAGAGAUACAUUACAUAACAUAAAUACAAAUUUUUAGUAGACAGACUAAUGCACAAAAUAAUUUGUGAAGGAAAACCAAAAGUCACAAAUAAAAUUUGUGCAAAUCAUGGCAUGCGAUAAAACAAUAGAUAAAAAAGGGAAAA